UUUGCUCAUACACUAUGCUCACAGUUUGUCUUUUUACCUUUCAUUCCAAACGUCUUGGACCUCUUCCAAUGGCCGCAAAAGUCUCCGACGAACCGCCUUCUCUUCCUCCGAAAAUAAGCCAGGGAAAUGGUUCAAAAUCACAAAAGGGCUUCUUUGGAUCUUCUAAAACAAAAAGAUGCCAAAGUUUCCCUCUAUCUUCCUCUUCUUCUGCUCAAGAGUUGAGAUCCCUUGAAGAUGAAAAUGAGUCGUCCCCGAAAGGAGUUAUCGAGGCUUGCAUGAACAACGGGGAAAACAAUGAACAACCCAAAUCCCAUGAAACUAAAGAAGAAUCACAGGCUGUAGUCGUCUCUCCCAAUCUGCGGGCUCAAUCAAGCUGGAACAAAUUCUUCAAAAUGUGGAAAAGAAGUACCAUGAAACGGCUACCUUCCUUCCCACCUUUUUCUGUUCCAAGGCUAUCAAGAAGAAAAUGCAGAAGCAUGAGAGAAGAUGUAGACACAGACAUGAAGUGCUCCAUAAAGCCUCCCUGGAAGUUCUUCACCCUGGAUGAGCUCAAAACUGCAACCAACGAUUUCAGCGAAGAAAACUUGAUUGGGAAGGGAGGAUGUGCUGAAGUUUACAAGGGAUGCUUGGCAGAUGGGCGGUUCAUAGCAGUUAAACGCAUGAAUAAGGGAACAUUAGAUGAUAGUGAAGAUAACUUUUUAGCUGAGGUUGGAACUAUAGCACAUGUGGAUCAUCCUAAUACUGCAAAGAUGAUUGGGUAUGGAGUUGAAGGGGGGGCUUAUCUUGUUCUUAAGUUAUCAUCCAAGGGUAGUUUAGGCUCAAUUCUUCGAGGUCCAAGGGAGAAAUUAGAUUGGGAAGCUAGGUACAAAAUAAUUCUAGGGAUAUCUGAUGGCCUGCUUUAUCUUCAUGAUACUUGUCGAAGGCGGAUCAUUCAUAGAGACAUCAAAGCUGAUAACGUCCUACUUACAGAGGAUUUUGUGCCAGAGAUAUGUGAUUUUGGGCUAGCAAAAUGGCUUCCCAAGGAGUGGACUCAUCAUAAUGUGUCCAAUUUUGAAGGAACAUUUGGCUAUUUUGCUCCAGAAUACUUUUUGCAUGGCACUGUGGAUGAGAAAACUGAUGUCUAUUCUUUUGGAGUGCUACUUCUGGAGAUUAUAACAGGACGGCGAGCAGUUGAUGAAUCGCAGAAAAGCAUUGUUCUUUGGGCAAAGCCUUUGCUUGAUACCGAUAAUACGAAGGACCUAGUGGAUCCUCUUCUUGGUGAUUGUUAUGAUAAAAAACAGAUGGAUCAUGUGUUUCUGACUGCAUCUUUGUGUGUAGAACAAAAUCCCAUUUUGCGACCCUGGAUGAGACAGGUUGUAACACUUCUGAGAGGCGAUAAGGUGGACAAUGAAGGUUCAAAGGAAAACGAGAAGCGUGGUCACCAAAGGACCUACUCGGAAGAACUCUUUGAUGCCGAAGAGUAUAACUUGACAAAGCACUUGAGUGAUCUCGAACGACAUCAACAGGUUGCGCUGGACUCGUGAAAGUAUACAUACGAUGACAUUGUUGAAGAUAGGGUGCAGUGGUUUUUCUUGCCUGGAUCACCCCAAUCAAGCUUCUUCUUGCAUGGUACUUGGAGAAAAAAAUGAAGAGAUAUUAGAGCAUUGUUGUCACAGUUAAGGUUUCCAAAUACUAAGUGAAGAAGAUAAUGGAUUCAAUAUAAUGUACAGCAUAUACUCUAGAGUUGAUGCCUGUAUGUGUAAAUAUGGUCCCACCUUCUAUUUUUUGUAUAUUAUAUGGUAUCAACUUUCAGUUUUACUCUUCCAUCUCCUCAUGAAUUCACUGCUAAAAUGCUGAAAUGAAAUUAGAAAAAAAGUGGGUACUUUGUUAUUA